UUUCCUUUCAGCAUCUUUCUCUUUUCCAUUCUGCAUAGUAUUGUUACCAAGCUGUAGUUGGGGCUUGAAGUUCAAACGUUUACAAGGCCCAUGGUCAGUUUGCUAUAUCCCAAAUUUUGUAUCACUCUGAAGACCUUUUUAUUUUAUUUUAUUUAUAAAUUAGUUAAUUCUCCUUUUUGUGUAUCACAUAUUUUACUCACUCCGUUCAGGUUACAAGGGCAGACUAUCUCAGUGGAAGAACAGCUCUCCAUUUUGCAGCAGUUAAUGGGCAUGUUAGAUAUAUGAGACUCGUUGUGGCUGACUUUGUUCCCAGUGCUCCUUUUGAAUCUAUAAAUGCUCAAACCAAUUGUGACAGAGACAAUGAUUCCACUAUAAAGAGCAAAUAUGACCAAAGUGCACUGUCCAAGUUUGUAAAUAAGGCUGCUGAUGGUGGUAUCACUGCUCUUCAGAUGGCUGCAUUGAAUGGUUAUUCUGAUUGUGUAUAACUCCUACUUGAUAUUCAUGCAAAUGUUUCAUCUGUGACAUUUCAUUAUGGAACAUCAAUGGAUUUGAUUGGAGCUGGAAGCACCCCUUUGCAUUAUUCUGCUUGUGAAGGAAAUUUGAAAUGCUGUCAGGCGAGUAUUUGUCCUAUUUUCGAUGAUUUUCUGACAAUUGCAAGUACAAGUGAUCAUGUUCUUGUAUAUAUAGAUCCUUCUUGCAAGAGGUGCCAGUCGGUUGACCUUAAACUGCAAUGGGAGCAUGUUGAAGGGUAUCAUGAAUUGUAUGCAAAAACCAAAAUUUUCUUGUCCACUGCUGUUGCAAAAUGGGAUGCUGAUUUCUAUGUCAAAGUGGAUGAUGAUGUCGAUGUCGAUGUCGAUUUGGGAAGGGCUCUUGGACUGAGGAAGAAGGCAACUUGCUCAGAAAAUUUCUUGGCAAGUAUGGGCAAGGAAAUUGGAAGCACAUUCCAACCAAAUCAGGACUGAAGGUUGAACUAUCUUCGACCUGACAUCAAGCGAGGAGAUUUCGCUGUUGAUGUAGAUGAUCUCAUCAUCAGACUCCAUAGACUCUUGGGCAACAGAUGGUCUCUAAUUGCAGGAAGAGAUGCAUGAACUAGCUUCAUUAUCAUCAUCAUUGAACAAGUUUUCAUUUUUUUCCCAGACGUACUUCAUUUUCUGAUGGACAUGCCAACUUUACACUGGUUACUGCACACCAUAAGGUUUCUAUCGAUGAGAGGAGUAUAGACCCACAAAGAUCAGCUCAAGAGGAGGCCUGACACAUUUUCAUGCGCCUAUAAAAUUUUCUGAGUGAAGGACACACGCAGUCACGCACCACAUGUGUGUCUAAAGGUUGAAGACAACCACUGUUGCCAAACCUGAUACUUUAAAUACCUAUCUGGAGAAAAUGUAUCACAAGAGUGAGUUAGUCGCAGUGGUUUAGGCGUAUUGUGGUGCGAAUUUGGUCAGGAGUUCGGGUCGCACAAGUGACGACUUCGAAGCAUAUUUUUUCGCUGACAUCUGCGCUGCAGCAGGUGACAUCAUCAGGUCAAUUAGGUGGUUCGACCCGAAUCAAAUAGAAAGUUUGGAAAAUUGUAAUUUGGCCCCUGUAAUUUAGGAAAUUUCACUUUGGCCCCAAGGUUUUGGGAAAUUUGCAGUUUAACUCCUGUUUUUUAGGUUAUUUUUGGUUUGGCUCCUGAAGAGGAAGGAAGUUUGUUCCUAGCCAAACAAGCCAUUUUCGGUCGCAACCGCAAUGAUUCUUAACGUUUUCUCCAACUCCCUCUAUAUAUUGAGUUAGCUUGGAAGAGGUAAUUACAAUACAAGUGAGUGAGUAGCAUGAAUACACAACUGAUUGUGUAUAUGUGAAUGUGAGAAGAGAAUUGAGAGUGUAAGUAGAAAGUGUGUGAGUUGAGUAAGAGACUCUCCUCAUCUGUUGUAAUCUCUAUUUGUUUUAGUGAAAAUUUGUUAUUCUGUCCAUGGACGUACA